GAUUCUUCUAUUUGCAGGACCAAAGCCUUAUGUGACAGUGGAUGAGAAAGGAGAGAGAGUUUACCACUGUGAUGGAUGUACUUCUACAUAUAAAACCAAUCAGCAAUUCUUUAAAUGUAUGAGGAGUCACCAUGGGGAAAAGCCAUUAAUAUGUCACACAUGUAAAUACAGAAGUGGCAACUUAGGCGAUUGGGCAAUACAUAUGAGAUCACACACCGAGAUGAAGAACUAUGAAUGUCAAUACUGUGGAAAAACACUUAAAUGCAAAAAAAACUAUAUAUUUCAUAUACAAUCCGAAGAAGGCAAACAACCGUUUGUCUGUGAGAUUUGUGGACAAAAAUACAAUGAUAGGAGAUCCUUAACCAGACACAUGACCACACAUAAUCCAAACAUGAGCAAAUGUAAAAUAUGUCAAAGAACAUUCCAGAGUAAGCACUUAUUAGAAGGACAUAUAUUCAAAACACACACCAAUACAUUUACAUGUGACACCUGUGGCCGUCAGUUUUCACGAAAAGAUAAUUUGCAAAUCCACCAGAGAAUCCAUACUGGAGAAAGACCAUAUAAAUGUCAAAUAUGUGAUAAACGUUUCAUCCAAAUUUCUGCUCUCAAUAAACACAAGAAAAUAUGUCUUAAAUUGACCUAUAAAUAAUAAGAACAAAAAUGUAUCAUAAAAGUUAAGAAUCACAGUUGAUAACAAUAAACUUGUAGGAUAUAUAAUUUAGAAAUUAAGUAUUUCGUCCAUAGUCUCUGAAUAUGCUGUUUUUCUACAAACAUUUUGAAAAUGUAACCAUUCAUAUAUCAUCUCCAUUUAAAUGAAAAAGAU